UAGAUAUCUAUUUUUAUGUCUUGUCAAUCUCCAUCUUCAUGCCCUUUCGCCUACAAUUUGAUGAAAUCUUAUACUCUACAUGUUCCAGCUGACAAUGAAAUUAGUACCGUUGAAUCCCUCCACUAUGAUUUUGGUACAAUUAGAGCUGCAACAAACAAUUUCUCCGAUGGUAACAAGCUUGGGCAAGGUGGAUUUGGUGUUGUUUACAAGGGUAAACUCCCAAAUGGAAAAGAUAUCGCAGUAAAAAGGUUGUCCCAUGACUCAGGGCAAGGUAACUUGGAAUUUAAGAACGAGGUCUUGCUAGUAGCGAGACUUCAACACAGGAAUUUGGUUAGGCUUUUAGGUUUCUCUGUUGAAGGAAAUGAAAGACUUCUUAUAUACGAAUGGGUUCAGAAUGGGAGUUUGGACCGCUUCAUAUUUGAUUCAAACAAUCCAUGUUUGGAUUGGGAAAAGCGUUAUAUAAUCAUCGGUGGUGUUGCCAAGGGACUUCUUUAUCUACAUGAAGAUUCUCGCCUCCGAAUCAUUCACCGAGAUCUCAAAGCUAGUAAUGUUCUAUUAGAUGGAGAAAUGAACCCCAAAAUUUCAGAUUUUGGUAUGGCAAGAUUAUUUGUCCCAAGCGAAACUCAGCAUAGCACUAGCAGAAUAGUAGGAACAUAUGGAUACAUGGCACCUGAGUAUGUAUUACAUGGACACUUCUCUAUUAAAUCAGAUGUCUACAGUUUUGGUGUCCUAAUUUUGGAAAUCAUAAGUGGUCAGAAAACUUAUAAUUUUCGAAAUGGAGAGAGUGGGGACGACCUCAUAAGUUGUGUUUGGAAAAAUUGGCACCAAGAAACGAUUGCAAAUAUAAUAGAUCCUGCAUUGAGGACUUCUUCAGGAUCCAUGCGUGAUAUUAUGAGAUGUGUUCAUAUCGGUUUGUUAUGUGUUCAAGAAAAUGCAACCGAUAGACCUACAAUGGGAUCGGUGGUUCUCAUGCUCUCUAGCUUUUCCUUAACUCUGGCAGUACCUUCACGACCUGCAUUUUUCAUGUCAGGUAGCUUUCAUCCAGAAAUUUCAGUUCUUCAUAAGACUCAUUCAUCCCCAGAUCAAUCAGAUAGUACCACUCAUUUAUCAACAAAUGAGGCCUCAAUGAGUGAGUUAUAUCCUCGGUAACUUCUAAGAAUAUGCAUAUCCAUUAUAACAAGACAUUUUCUAGUUACUCAUGUUCUUAUUCAAAUGUAAUAUCUUGUAAGCAGAUUUAUUCUCUUUACUUAAUUUUUAUUGGUAUGGUCUGUGGUAGUGAUAUUCCUCGUGUGUAUAACAUGGUAUCUACUUAAUAUAUGAUUAGUUCUAUUAUUAAA